AUGGAGGAUGACAUUCGCGUCGCGCCUCACGACCUGCACCGCCCGCAUUUGACGGCCGUCAGCUCAGAGAUUAAAGCCAAGUAUUUCGAUAAGGUGCUGCGCAACGUGGGUCUCUGUGUGUCGCUGUACGACUUGCAGUCGGUGGAAGGGGGCUUCAUCUACCCCUCCGACCCUGGCCCUCAUUUCACUGUUCGCUUCCGACUGGUCGUCUUUUCACCAUUUGCGGGGGAAGUGCUUGUGGGCAGGCUGGUGAAAUGCGACGCCACAGGGCUCUAUGUAUCACUGGACUUUUUCUCCGAUAUACACAUUCCUCAUUACAACCUACAAGAGCCUUCAGUUUUUGACGAACAGGAGAAGCUGUGGGUGUGGAAGUUCAACGACAAUGACAUGUUCCUGGACAUGGAUGAACUGAUCCGGUUCAAGGUGGUGAGUGUGAAGCAUCCCCCACUGCCCGUGGAGCAGGAUAAGGGAGCCACUGCCUUUGCGACUAUGGAGAUCGUUAAACUCUACACCUCCCCGCACAACAAGAACGCCUAUAAGGCGCUGAUCGCGGCGCAAUUCGUGGGCGUGAAGAUCGAGAUCCCCCCAUACCAGUGGGGCGUCACCAACAAGUCGGAAAAGUUUACGAAGCUCACCCCGAUCGGCAAGAUCCCCUUGAUUGUCACUCCUGAUGGGCCAAUCUUCGAGAGCAACGCCAUUGCCAGAUACGUCGCCAGGCUAGCGGACAAAGGCCUGUUCGGGUCGAACGAGUAUGAGCAGGCGCAGGUGGAGCAAUGGAUUGACUUCGCCACCAAUGAGAUCGACACCCCUGUCUACCAGUGGAUCGGGCCGCUCUACCAGUAUGGCACCAGGAUUCCGGAGGUGGAGGAGAAGGCUAUCGUAAACGCCAAGAGGGGCCUCGCAGCUCUGAAUUCGCACCUCGCCGACCACACGUACCUGGUGGGGGAGCGGGUGACGCUCGCUGACAUCAUCACGGUGUCGGUGCUGACGUCACCCAUCCGGGGCCUGUGGAGUGAGGAGUUCAUGCGGGAUUACCCCCACGUGCAGCGGUAUUUCUUCACCCUGGUUCAUCAGAAGCAAUUCAAGGCAGUCAUUGGGGACGUGGAGCAGAUUGCCAAGGUACCCACUGAGAUUGUCAAGUGGGAGGACUCGCCCCUCUUCAAGCUCAUGAAGCCAAAGCCGGACGACAAAGCAGCUGCACCCGCGGCAGCAGCACCAGCACCAGCAGCAGCAGCGGGAGGGGGUGAGGGCGAGGAGGGGGCACCCAAGCCCAAGGCGAAGAACCCUCUUGACCUGCUGCCGCCCAGCCCCAUGGUGCUGGAUGCGUGGAAGAGGCUUUAUUCCAACACUAAGGCAAACAACUUCAGAGAAGUGGCGAUCAAAGGCUUCUGGGAAAUGUUCGACGCUGAGGGCUACUCCCUCUGGUUCUGCGACUACAAGUUUAACGACGAGAACACGGUCAAGUUCGUGACGCUUAACAAAGUGUCGGGGUUCUUACAGCGCAUGGACCUUGCCCGGAAGUACGCGUUUGCCAAGAUGUGCAUUCUGGGGCCGGACGAGGGCCCGUUUGUGAUCAAGGGCGUGUGGCUGUUCCGCGGGAGCGAGGUGCCACCGUUUGUGAUGGAGGAGUGCUACGACUGCGAGUUGUACGAGUGGAGCAAGGUGGACCUGAGCGACGAGGCGCAGAAGGAGCGUGUGAACGCUUACUUUGAGGAACCCGAUGAGAUCGAUGGGCUCAAACUGCAGGAGGCCAAGUGCUUCAAGUAG